AUGCCUCAGGAGGUUGCCGACAUCAAGAAGUUCAUCGAGAUCUGCCGCCGAAGCGACGCUUCGUCCGCACGCAUCAAGAAGAACAAGCAGACCAACAACAUCAAGUUCAAGGUCCGCUGCCAGAAGCACCUCUACACUCUCGUGCUUAAGGACAACGACAAGGCCGAGAAGCUCAAGCAGAGCCUUCCCCCCAACCUGCAACUCACCGACGUCUCCUCCAAGAAGAAGUCUACUUAA